GCGGGAGCGCGGAGCGAUGCGGGGCCGCGCCGCCCGCGUCCUCCUCCCGGCGCCGCUGCUGCUGCUGCUGCUGCUGCUGCUGCCGCCGCCGCCGCUGCGCGGGGACCGCGCGGGGCCCUGCCGGGCGCUGGGGCCCGGGGCGCGCGGCUCGGCGGCGGGCGCCUGCGGCCCGGGCCCCGGCGGCUGGCUCUGCCCGGCCGCGGCCUCCGCCCUCUGGCUGUACGCCAGCCGCUGCGGGGCGGCGGGCGCCGAGCUCACCGGCCGCCUGGUGCCCCACCACGAUGGCCCCCGGGCCUGGUGCCCGGAGCCCGGGGCGCGCGUCCCGCUGCCGCCGGCCCCCGAGGGCUGCGCGUGGCGCUGCCGCCUGCUGGGCGUCGGGGCCCGCCUGUCCCCGGGGGGCGGGCUCACCCUGCCCCGCGGGCACCCGUGCCUGACGGCGCCGCGGCUGCGGUGCGCGGCCUGCGGGGCGCCCCGGGCCUCCGGGGGGGCCGCGGGCGGGCGCCGGAAGCGCAACGUGAACACCGCGCCCCAGUUCCAGCCCCCCAGCUACCAGGCCUCGGUGCCCGAGAACCAGCCGGCCGGCACCCCGGUGGCGACGCUGCGGGCCCUCGACCCCGACGAGGGCGAGGCGGGCCGGCUCGAGUACACCAUGGACGCCCUGUUUGACAGCCGCUCGGGCCGCUUCUUCUCCCUGGACCCGGCCACGGGCGUGGUGACCACGGCGCGGGAGCUGGACCGCGAGACCAAGAGCACGCACGUGUUCCGCGUGACGGCGCAGGACCGCGGCGCGCCCCGGCGCAGCGCCCUGGCCACGCUCACCGUGCUGGUGACCGACACCAACGACCACGACCCCGCCUUCGAGCAGCCCGAGUACCGCGAGAGCCUGCGCGAGAACCUGGAGGUGGGCUACGAGGUGCUCACGGUGCGCGCCACCGACGGCGACGCGCCGCCCAACGCGCACAUCCUCUACCGCCUGCUGCCGUCGCCCGCCGCCGACGCCGCCUUCGAGAUCGACCCGCGCUCCGGGGUGAUCCGCACCCGCGGCCCCGUGGACCGCGAGGAGGUCGGGUCCUACCGGCUGAUCGUGGAGGCCAGCGACCAGGGCCGCGACCCGGGCCCGCGCAGCGCCACCGCCGCCGUGCUGCUGUCGGUGGAGGACGACAACGACAACGCCCCGCAGUUCAGCGAGAAGCGCUACGUGGCGCGCGUGCGCGAGGACGCGGCCCCCGGCGCCCCGGUGCUGCGCGUCUCCGCCUCCGACCGCGACGAGGGCAGCAACGCCCUGGUGCACUACAGCAUCAUGAGCGGCAACGCCGGCGGGCAGUUCUACCUCGACGCCCAGACCGGCGCCCUGGACGUGGUGAGCCCCCUGGACUACGAGGCGGCCAAGGAGUACACGCUGCGCGUGCGGGCGCAGGACGGCGGCCGGCCCCCGCUCUCCAACGUCUCGGGCCUGGUCACCGUGCAGGUCCUGGACGUCAACGACAACGCCCCCAUCUUCGUCAGCACCCCGUUCCAGGCCACCGUCCUGGAGAGCGUCCCCCUGGGCUACCUGGUCCUCCACGUCCAGGCCGUCGACGCGGACGCGGGCGACAACGCCCGCCUGGAGUACCGCCUGGCCGGCGUGGGGCGCGACUUCCCCUUCGCCAUCAACAACGGCACGGGCUGGAUCUCCGUGGCCGCCGAGCUGGACCGCGAGGAGGUGGACUUCUACAGCUUCGGGGUGGAGGCGCGCGACCACGGGGCCCCGGCCCUCACCGCCUCGGCCAGCGUCAGCGUGACCGUCCUGGACGUCAACGACAACAGCCCCGCCUUCACCCGGCCCGAGUACGCCGUGCGGCUCAACGAGGACGCGGCCGUGGGCACCAGCGUGCUGACCGUGUCGGCCGUGGACCGCGACGCCCACAGCGUCAUCACCUACCAGAUCGCCGGCGGCAACACGCGCAACCGCUUCGCCAUCACCAGCCAGAGCGGCGGCGGCCUGCUGUCCCUGGCCCUGCCGCUGGACUACAAGCUCGAGCGGCAGUACGUGCUGACCGUCACCGCCUCGGACGGCACGAGGCAGGACUCGGCGCAGGUGGUGGUGAACGUCACCGACGCCAACACCCACCGCCCCGUCUUCCAGAGCUCGCACUACACGGUGAACGUGAACGAGGACCGGCCGGCGGGCACCACCGUCGUGCUCAUCAGCGCCACCGACGAGGACACCGGGGAGAACGCCCGCAUCACCUACUUCAUGGAGGACAGCAUCCCCCAGUUCCGCAUCGACGCCGACACCGGGGCCGUCACCACCCAGGCGGAGCUGGACUACGAGGACCAGGUGUCCUACACCCUGGCCAUCACGGCCCGCGACAACGGCAUCCCCCAGAAGUCCGACACCACGUACUUGGAGAUUCUGGUGAACGACGUCAACGACAACGCCCCUCAGUUCCUGCGGGAUUCCUACCAGGGGAGCAUCUACGAAGACGUGCCCCCCUUCACCAGCGUGCUACAGAUCUCCGCCACCGACCGGGACUCCGGCCUCAACGGCCGGGUCUUCUAUACCUUCCAAGGUGGGGAUGACGGGGACGGGGACUUUAUCGUCGAGUCUACCUCGGGCAUCGUACGAACCCUGCGGAGGCUGGAUCGCGAGAACGUGGCCCAGUAUGUGUUGCGGGCGUACGCGGUGGACAAGGGGCUGCCCCCGGCCCGCACACCCAUGGAGGUGACCGUCACCGUGUUGGACGUGAAUGACAAUCCUCCCGUCUUUGAGAAGGAUGAGUUCGAUGUGUUUGUAGAAGAAAAUAGCCCCAUCGGGCUGGCCGUGGCCCGGGUGACGGCCACCGACCCCGAUGAGGGCACCAACGCGCAGAUCAUGUACCAGAUCGUGGAGGGCAACAUCCCCGAGGUCUUCCAGUUGGACAUCUUCUCCGGGGAGCUCACCGCGCUGGUGGACUUGGACUACGAGGAGCGGCCCGAGUACGUGCUGGUCGUCCAGGCCACGUCAGCGCCCCUGGUCAGCAGGGCCACCGUCCAUGUCCGCCUGCUGGACCGCAACGACAACCCGCCGGUGCUGGGCAACUUCGAGAUCCUUUUCAACAACUACGUCACCAACCGCUCGAGCAGCUUUCCCGGGGGCGCCAUCGGCCGCGUGCCUGCCCACGACCCCGACAUCUCGGACAGCCUGACGUACAGCUUUGAGCGGGGCAACGAGCUCAGCCUGGUCCUGCUCAAUGCCUCCACCGGAGAGCUGAGGCUGAGCCGGGCACUGGAUAACAACCGCCCCCUGGAGGCCAUCAUGAGUGUGGUGGUGUCGGACGGCGUGCACAGCGUGGCGGCGCAGUGCGCGCUGCGCGUCACCAUCGUCACGGACGAGAUGCUGACGCACAGCAUCACGCUGCGCCUGGAGGACAUGUCGCCCGAGCGCUUCCUGUCGCCGCUGCUGGGGCUGUUCAUCCGCGCCGUGGCCGCCACGCUGGCCGCGCCGCCCGAGCGCGUGGUGGUGUUCAACGUGCAGCGCGACGCGGACGCGCCGGGCGGCCGCAUCCUCAACGUGAGCCUGUCGGUGGGGCGCGCGGCCGGGGCGCCCGGCGGCCCCGCGGGGCCCCGCUUCGUGCCGCCCGAGGAGCUGCGCGAGCGCCUCUACCUCAACCGCUCGCUGCUGGCCGCGCUGUCGGCGCAGCGCGUGCUGCCCUUCGACGACAACAUCUGCCUGCGCGAGCCCUGCGAGAACUACAUGCGCUGCGUGUCGGUGCUGCGCUUCGACUCCUCGGCGCCCUUCAUCGCCUCCUCCUCCGUGCUCUUCCGCCCCAUCCACCCCGUGGGCGGCCUGCGCUGCCGCUGCCCGCGCGGCUUCACCGGCGACUACUGCGAGACCGAGGUGGACCUGUGCUACGCGCGGCCCUGCGGCGCCCACGGCCGCUGCCGCAGCCGCGAGGGCGGCUACGCCUGCCUGUGCCGCGACGGCUACACGGGUGAGCACUGUGAGGUGAGUGCCCGCUCAGGCCGUUGCAGCCCUGGUAUUUGCAAGAACGGUGGCACCUGUGUCAACCUGCUGGUGGGUGGCUUUAAGUGCGACUGUCCCUCCGGGGACUUCGAGAAGCCCUACUGCCAGGUGACCACGCGCAGCUUCCCGGCCCGCUCCUUCGUCACCUUCCGCGGCCUGCGCCAGCGCUUCCACUUCACGCUGGCCCUCUCGUUUGCCACCAAGGAGCGCAAUGGGCUGCUGCUGUACAACGGGCGCUUCAACGAGAAGCAUGACUUUGUGGCCCUCGAGGUGAUCCAGGAGCAGGUCCAGCUCACUUUCUCUGCAGGGGAGUCGACCACCACCGUGUCCCCAUUUGUGCCUGGAGGGGUCAGUGACGGCCAGUGGCACACGGUGCAGCUGCGGUACUACAACAAGCCGUUGCUGGGCCACACGGGGCUCCCCCAGGGCCCGUCGGAGCAGAAAGUGGCUGUGGUGACCGUGGACGGCUGCGACACGGGGGUGGCUCUGCGCUUUGGGGCUGCGCUCGGCGGCUACGCCUGUGCCGCCCAGGGCACCCAGGCCGGCAGCAAGAAGUCUCUGGACCUCACGGGGCCCCUGCUGCUUGGUGGGGUACCCGACCUGCCCGAGAGCUUCCCCGUCCGGAUGAGGCACUUCGUGGGCUGCAUGAGGAACUUGCAAGUGGACAGCCAGCACGUGGACAUGGCCGACUUCAUCGCCAACAACGGCACCAUUCCUGGCUGCCCCACCAAGAAGAACGUGUGUGACAGCAACACGUGCCACAACGGGGGCACCUGCGUGAACCAGUGGGACACAUUCAGCUGCGAGUGCCCGCUGGGCUUUGGGGGCCGGAGCUGUGCCCAGGAAAUGGCCGACCCCCAGCGCUUCCUGGGCAGCAGCCUGGUGGCCUGGCAUGGCCUCUCGCUGCCCAUCUCCCAGCCCUGGCACCUCAGCCUCCUGUUCCGCACUCGCCAGGCGGACGGCGUCCUGCUGCAGGCCGUCACCAGGGGGCGCAGCACCAUCACCCUGCAGCUCCGGGAGGGCCGCGUGGUGCUAAGCGUGGAGGGCACCGGGCUCCAGGCCUCGUCCCUGCGCCUCGAGUCGGGCCGGGCCAACGACGGUGACUGGCACCACGCGCAGCUGGCGCUGGGGGCCCGGGGGGGCCCCGGCCACGCCAUCCUGUCCUUUGACUAUGGGCAGCAGCGGGCCGAGGGGAACCUGGGCCCCCGGCUGCACGGGCUGCACCUGAGCAACGUCACGGUGGGGGGCGUGCCGGGCCCAGCCGGCGUGGCCCGCGGCUUCCGGGGCUGUUUGCAGGGCGUACGCGUCAGCGAGGCACCCGAGGGCCCCAGCAGCCUGGAUUCCAGCCGGGGGGAGAGCAUCAACGUGGAGCCGGGGUGCAGCCUGCCAGAUCCCUGUGACUCGAACCCGUGUCCCGCCAACAGCUACUGCAGCAACGACUGGGACAGCUAUUCCUGCAGCUGUGACCCAGGUUACUAUGGUGACAACUGCACAGACGUGUGUGACCUGAAUCCAUGCGAGCACCAGUCCAUGUGCAUCCGCAAGCCCAGUGCUCCCCACGGUUAUGCCUGCGAGUGUCCCCCAAACUACCUUGGACCAUACUGCGAGACCAGGAUCGACCAGCCCUGCCCUCGGGGCUGGUGGGGACACCCCACAUGUGGCCCCUGCAACUGUGACGUCAGCAAAGGCUUCGACCCAGACUGCAACAAGACAAGCGGCGAGUGCCACUGCAAGGAGAACCACUACCGGCCCCCCGGGAGCCCCACUUGCCUCCUGUGUGACUGCUACCCCACGGGCUCACUGUCCCGCGUCUGCGACCCUGAGGACGGCCGCUGCCCCUGCAAGCCUGGGGUCAUCGGGCGUCAGUGUGACCGCUGCGACAACCCUUUCGCUGAGGUGACCACCAACGGCUGCGAAGUGAACUAUGACAGCUGCCCCCGGGCCAUCGAGGCUGGGAUCUGGUGGCCUCGCACGCGCUUUGGGCUUCCGGCUGCUGCCCCCUGUCCCAGAGGCUCUUUUGGGACUGCGGUGCGUCACUGUGAUGAGCACCGGGGCUGGCUCCCCCCAAACCUCUUCAACUGCACAUCAGUCACCUUCUCAGAGCUGAAGGGCUUUGCUGAGCGGCUGCAGCGGAAUGAGUCAGGCCUGGAUUCAGGACGCUCGCAGAGGCUGGCCCUGCUCCUGCGCAACGCCACCCAGCACACGGCUGGCUACUUCGGCAGCGACGUGAAGGUGGCCUACCAGCUGGCUACGCGGCUGCUGGCUCACGAGAGUGCCCAGCGCGGCUUCGGGCUGUCUGCCACACAGGACGUCCACUUCACCGAGAAUCUGCUGCGGGUGGGCAGCGCCCUCCUGGAUGGAGCCAACAAGCGGCACUGGGAGCUGAUCCAGCAGACGGAGGGAGGCACGGCCUGGCUGCUCCGCCACUACGAGGCCUACGCCAGCGCCCUGGCCCGGAACAUGCGGCACACCUACCUCAGCCCCUUCACCAUCGUCACCCCCAAUAUCGUCAUCUCCGUAGUGCGUCUGGACAAGGGCAACUUCGCGGGGGCCAAGCUGCCGCGCUACGAGGCGCUGCGCGGGGAGCGGCCCCCCGACCUGGAGACGACGGUCAUCCUGCCCGAGUCAGUCUUCCGAGAGCCGCCCUCGGUGCCCAGGCCCGCGGCCCCCGGCGAGGCCCCGGAGCCCGAGGAGCUGGCGCGGCGGCAGCGCAGGCACCCGGAGCUGAGCCCCGGGGAGGCGGUGGCCAGCGUCAUCAUCUACCGCACGCUGGCCGGGCUGCUGCCCCACAACUACGACCCGGACAAGCGCAGCCUCCGAGUGCCCAAGCGCCCCGUCAUCAACACGCCGGUGGUGAGCAUCAGCGUGCACGAUGACGACGAGCGGCCGCCGCGCGCCCCGGAUCGCCCGGUCACUGUGCACUUCCGCCUGCUCGAGACCGAGGAGCGCACCAAGCCCAUCUGCGUGUUCUGGAACCACUCGAUCCUGGUCAGCGGCACCGGCGGAUGGUCAGCCCGAGGCUGCCAAGUCGUCUUUCGGAACGAGAGCCACGUCGGCUGCCAGUGCAACCACAUGACGAGCUUUGCCGUGCUCAUGGACGUGUCCCGUCGGGAGAAUGGGGAGAUCUUGCCACUGAAGACACUGACGUACGUGGCCCUCGGGGUCACCCUGGCCGCCCUGCUGCUCACCUUCCUCCUCCUCACGCUCCUUCGCGCCCUGCGCUCCAACCAACAUGGCAUUCGCCGCAACCUCGCAGCCGCCCUGGGUCUGGCCCAGCUGGUCUUCCUCCUGGGGAUCAAUCAGGCCGACCUCCCUUUUGCCUGCACAGUCAUUGCUAUCCUGCUGCACUUCCUGUAUCUCUGCACCUUCUCCUGGGCUCUUCUGGAAGCCUUGCACCUGUACCGGGCACUCACGGAGGUGCGAGACGUCAACGCCGGCCCCAUGCGCUUCUACUACAUGCUGGGCUGGGGUGUGCCUGCCUUCAUCACAGGUCUGGCUGUGGGCUUAGACCCUGAGGGCUACGGGAACCCUGACUUCUGCUGGCUUUCAAUCUACGAUACACUCAUUUGGAGUUUUGCUGGCCCAGUGGCCUUUGCUGUUUCGAUGAGUGUCUUCCUGUACAUCCUGGCGGCCCGGGCCUCCUGCGCUGCUCGGCGGCAGGGCUUCGAGAAGAAAGGCCCUGUCUCCGGCCUGCGCCCCUCCUUUGCUGUCCUUCUGCUGCUGAGUGCCGCAUGGCUGCUGGCGCUGCUCUCGGUCAACAGUGACGCCCUCCUCUUCCACUACCUCUCUGCUGCCUGCACGUGCGUCCAGGGCCCCUUCAUCCUCCUCUCCUACGUGGUGCUUAGCAAGGAGGUCCGGAAAGCACUCAAGUUUGCCUGUAGCCGCAAGCCCAGCCCCGACCCUGCUCUGACCACCAAGUCCACCCUGACCUCGUCCUAUAACUGCCCCAGCCCUUACGCAGACGGGCGGCUGUACCAGCCCUAUGGAGACUCGGCCGGCUCGCUGCACAGUGCCAGCCGCUCGUGCAAGAGCCAGCCCAGCUACAUCCCCUUCCUGCUGAGGGAGGAGUCCGCCCUGAACCCUGGCCCGGGGCCCCCUGGCCUGGGCGACCCCAGCGGCCUGUUCCUGGAAGGUCAGGACCAGCAGCACGAUCCCGACACGGACUCUGACAGCGACCUGUCCCUGGAAGAUGAGCACAGCGGCUCCUACGCAUCCACCCACUCGUCAGACAGCGAGGAGGAGGAGGAGGAGGAGGAGGCUGCCUUCCCUGGAGAGCAGGGCUGGGACAGCCUCAUUGGUCCCGGAGCCGAGAGGCUGGCCCUGCACAGUACCCCCAAGGAUGGAGGCCCCGGACCCGGGAAGGCCCCUUGGCCAGGAGACUUCGGACCCGCGGCGAAGGAGGGCCCUGGCGGGGGGCCCCUCGAGGGCUGGCCGCGGGAGAAUGGAGAGGCCCUGCCGCGGGAAGGGUGCCCGGGCGCCCUGCCCGGCCCCUCGGCCCAGCCACACAAGGGAAUCCUCAAGAAGAAGUGUCUGCCCACCAUCAGCGAGAAGAGCAGCCUCCUGCGGCUGCCGCCCGAGCCGGGCACCGCGUCCUCCCGGGCCUCGACGGCCAGCGAGGGCAGCCGCGGGGGGCCCCCGCCCCGGCCGCCGCCCCGCCAGAGCCUCCAGGAGCAGCUCAGCGGCGUCAUGCCCAUCGCCAUGAGCGUCAAGGCCGGCACCGUGGACGAGGACUCGUCGGGCUCCGACAGCGACCCCGCGGCCACCUGAGGAGCCCGGGCCGGCUAGUGCCACCCCCACCCCCACCGCACUUUGGACCCCUGGGGCCAACGUCUCCAAGACAGAGUUUUUCAGAAAAGAGGGGGAAAAAGAAUUUAAAAAAUCGCCACUCCUCAUGACUUCAGGGAUUCAUUUUUGUACACGCUGGAACCGACUCCCCUCCCCCUCCCCUCCCCAGGACAGCCCCCACCCCCGGCUCCCCCCUUCCUCACCCUCCCAUCCGCCGUGCCUCUGGGACGAGAGGGACUCGUGGGGGGCUGCCCCCCCCCGUGCCUCUGGGACGAGAGGGACUCGUGGGGGGCUGCCCCCCCCCGUGCCUCUGGGACGAGAGGGACUCGUGGGGGGCUGCCCCCCCGUGCCUCUGGGACGAGAGGGACUCGUGGGGGGCUGCCCCCCCCGUGCCUCUGGGACGAGAGGGACUCGUGGGGGGCUGCCCCUCGAUGCCAUCACCAAAAGGAAAGGACAAAGCCACACGCACCCAGGCCGGCCGGCGGGCCUCGGCGGGGGGCUCAGGCCACUGCACCCCUCUCCCAGGAACCCCAAAGCCCUGUCUGGCCAGGAGGCAGAAGGACGCAGUGCCCCUGGACCCCCAAAUGCUGCAUGAACCAUUCCAAGGGGAACCUGCGCCCCUAGGCAGGGCCGGCUGCCCUGCCCCCCCUUCCUGGGACUUGGCCUGUGCCGCAGCCCAGGUGUUUGCUCAGUUUGCUGACCCCAAAGUGCUUCAUUUCCCCGCUGCCCCCUCGGCGGCAGUCACGUGUUGAGUUGCGCUUCUUUGCUGUGCGGGGGGGAGGGGGCGCAGAGCUGGAUUGUUGCCCCGAGGGCCUCAAGCACACGUUCCAAGUCUGGGUCUGGUGUCCACCCCCCCCCCCCCCACGCCAGACGCACCCAUGUUGUGUGACCUGCUGUGGCCUCUGAGACACGUUCUAUUUUUAACCCCUUCCUGGAAUUGGCUCUCUUCUUCACAGGACCAGGUCCUGCCCCUCCCCCCCCUCCCCCACGCCACCCGAGGCCCCUGAAGAGAGAGUUAAUAUAUAUUUUUAUUUAUUUGCUGUAUGUGUCGGGAUGGGUCUGUGCCGGGCCCAGGGGCUCUGGAGUGGCCGCGGCAGGUCGGGUGUGGAUGCAGCAGCCCUUCCCUUCCCCCGUGUCACCGUCCACACAUCCUUCACUCGCCCGCCGUCCACGCAUGCAUCCCAGACCUGCAGGCUUCUCUCCGGAGCCUGCGGUGGAGGCUGGCAGGGGAGGGCAGGCCUCCGCCACUUCUGCCACCGAGCCUGCCCCGCCCCGUCCCUCAGCAAUUCCUUCAAAGGGUUAAAAAUUUAACUGGUUUUUACUACUGAUGACUUGACUUAAAAAAACACAAAGAUGCUGGAUGCUAACUUGAUACUAACCAUCAGAUUGUACAGUUUGAUUGUACCUGUAAAUACGGUAGACUUUCGUUGUUUUUCCAUCCACAUACUACUGAAUAAACUAGUUCUGUGCC